AUGACACUUGUUCUGGUAUUAGCUUUUCUUCUUUGUUGGACGCCUUAUACAAUAGCUAUGUUUAUUCACUUCCUUCGAGUUCAAACAGAAGCUCGUCCAAUUUCUCCAUUGCUCAGCAAAUUUUUAUAUGCCUUUGCUUAUGGCUACUUUUCUUUUAACAUUCGAGACGAGUGCCGCCAACUUAGAUAUUUAGUUUUUCGAUCAGCACCCGCAAGGUGUCUGCUUCGACACGGCGAUUCAACAGAAGAAUCAAUUUCUCAUUCAAGAAGUCCUUUCGGUCCGCUAGCUCCUGGACAACGAGAUAGCCGACGACGAGCAAUGAUUCGACGAGAAUCACGUGUUCGCGAAGGCCUAAUGAUGUGUGAGGAAGGACAACAACAAAAACGACAGUCUAUAAGUGCGGCGAAGGAUUCUUCCCGUGUAGUGACUGGACAACAGAGAGCGCCAAAAUUAGGUGAUACUUCACGUACCUUUUCACUCAAUACAACAGCCACAACAUUAAUUUCCAAUUCAUCAUUCUCUAACGGGCAAUGUUCGGCUAUUACAAGACGACGUCCACGCUUAAAUGACGACAGGGAUCUUAUGGAAGUGGAUUCUAAAGAAGAGGAGGAGGACCAAGAAGAGUCGAAUGAAGUCGGGGAAAGAAGAGAUUCUUUGUUAAUUCGUAAUGAAAAUAAUGAAUAA